CAGUCGUACAGUUAUAAAUGUGUCCACGCUGUACGAUGCGAUCGGACCGAUCGAUAUUAACACCACAUCUUCCUGUUCUACUGUUUUAUCACUUUUCGCAGAUUUUGUACAAAUCAAACCGCGUUGAUAUCAAAAAUCGUAAACUUUUCAUUGCAAAUUCGCGAUCCUGGGGUGAUAGAAGCAUUUAUGAGAUGCGAAAUAAUUAUUUGUAGAUACGGUAUCUUCAACCGUCAUUCUUUCCAACGCACCAGUCACUAUUAAGGACAUGUUACUGCGAAUCCAUUUGGAACACAAUUAAAUCAAGAUGAUUGUUUAGCUAUAAAUUUAUUUGCCGACAUGAGCAUGCUGUAUUCCUAUUCGGACGUUGUUGUCAACAUUAAUGCUGGAGACAAAUUCUCCAGGACCAAAAAGCGAGAUGGUUCGGUCAAGAAAAAGAGGUCAGCUGUCGUGCGGGUAAAUAACUUAACGUCGUAUGUCUGUUCAUCUUGUACCGGCUUGAUUGUCGAUCGAUAUAUGCUGCAAGUUGAAGACAAAUUCUACCAUCUGGAUUGCCUGCGUUGUGCUAGCUGUCAGAAGUCUCUUGGAUCUGAUCGAUCGUGUUUCGUCAAAAACAACAAUGUUUAUUGUAAACAAGACUACGUAACAUUGUUUGGUACUAAGUGUUCCAAAUGUUGCCGCAGCAUCGCCGCCACCGACUGGGUCCGACGUGCACGCGAGUGUGUUUAUCACCUUGCCUGUUUUGCUUGUGAUACUUGCAAGCGACAACUAUCGACUGGAGAAGAAUUCACAUUAUUGACUACAGACGAGGAAACGCGUUUAUUAUGCAAAACGCAUUACAUCGACUCCGUGGAGGGAUCAUCCAGCAGAAUCAAAGAUGAUGGGUCAGACUCGUCAUCAUCAUCCACCGGAAAACCAAAAACCAAGCGAAUGCGCACAACAUUUACGGAUGAACAGCUACAAGUAUUACAAGCUAAUUUUAAUAUGGAUAGCAAUCCGGAUGGUCAGGACUUGGAAAGAAUAGCACAAAUGACAGGGUUAUCCAAAAGAGUUACACAAGUGUGGUUUCAAAACUCCAGAGCGCGGCAAAAAAAGCAUCAACAACAAAGUCAGCGGAAAAUGCACGCCAAACAAAACAAUCCCCAUUCUGUUAGCCGGCAGCAAAUGGACUCUUCUGUUGGAGUACAACUUAGUCAAAUAUUAGCUAAUUCACCUAGUCCAAACAGUAUGAGCAAUGAUAAUGCUGAUUCGAGUUCACAAGAUUAUUCUAUCUCAUCGUUUAUGUAGAGGGUGGGAAUAUAGAUAAAAAGAAAAGGUCACCUGUAUUACCUAAGAGGUUGAUGAAAGACAAGAGUUCGUUUACGCUGCUUCUGAGGAUAGUCUUUCUGAUUCGUUUUAAAGACUAAUUGUUAUCGAUUGCAUGAUUACGCUAACGCAUAACUUGGGUACAAUGCAUAUGCAUACGAUCCAUUAAAUGUCGACCAUAAAGUUUUUAUUGUUAAAUGAUACCCAGUAGUAGUAUGCUAAAUUACCAGACAAAAUGCAGAAAAAAUACG